AUGCACUCGGCGGACGGGGAAAGUGCUGCGGGGUUUGUUGUGGGAGAAGGCGGAGGAAGAGGAGGAGGUGCGGAUCAGGCGGACUGCAGCGUCUCGGGAUCCGGAGCAGGAGCCAGGGAGGAGACACCGACAGGGCUCGGUGUUAAGGAGUGGAAUGAUGGAUCCAGAUAUGAGGGGGGCAUUGUGAAUGGCUUAAAACACGGCAAAGGAAGGUUCAGCUGGAGAAAUGGAGAGUACUUUGAGGGUUAUUUCUAUAAAGACUACAGACAUGGCGAUGCUGUGUACUGUUGGCCAACAGGACACAAAUUUAUUGGGAAGUUUUACCUUAACAGAAGGGAGGGGCAUGGACAACAUGCGUUCCCUGAUGGAACCACCUUUCAGGGUUUGUACCACAAUGACCAGAGGUUUGGCCCAGGUGUGAUGAGUUAUCCAGACGGGCGACAAGAUGUGGGUCUGUGGCUCGGGGAGCGCUUGCUGAAGCUCUGUUCCUCUGUAGAGGAUUGUUUCAGCCUCAAGUCCUUCCCUGAGUAUGCUGCUUACCUGGACCCAAAUGCCACAGCUGAUUCCUUCACUCAGGCGAGUGUAGACGGCGAUCUUCUCUCAGAUGACAACUUCAUCCUUCCCCCUGGCAUUGAGAGUUACUCAGCAGAUGGUGACCACUUGCCACUUCCCCCUGGUCGAAGAAGAGAACUGGACCAACUCUUCCACGGCAAGCUGUGGGAGUCACACGCUCAUCCACACAAAGGCUAUGAGAGGGACCCUCUGUCCUCUCUGCCCUUACAGACCCGCAUGCAGGCUCACAUUAACAACCACAGACUUUAUGCCAAAAAUAUAGGAUGGGAUAUGGCAGCUGUUCUUUCUAUGAACAGGGAAAGUUUUGGUCCUAAAGGACCUUUAGAAGUUAGUUCUGAGCUUAUGAUCCAGCACGCGUCCCAAGGAGACCUGCAUGCGCUGUCACAAAUUCUCCAGACCGGCGAUGUCCACCCUGACGUCGCAGAUGCAUCAGGACACACUGCACUGAUUGCAGCAACAAUAAAUUGUCACAAUGACGUGAUCAAUCUCCUGUUGGAUAUGGGCGUUGAUAUUGACAAAUUAAACCAUCAAGGCAUGUCUGCCCUUGCUGUGUGCCACAUCCUCUACUACCCUUUCCAGUGUCUGGACACAGCUCUGACUGAAUCCUCUUCCAAAGCUUUGGAUGAUGAGGGAGAAGUGAAUCAUGGAAUGUGUACAUACCGUGAAGAUACCAGGAGAGACAAAGGAGACCAGAAGAGAAGGGAGGUUGACAAAGACAGCAAAGAGGAGGGAAAUCAGACUGACAGUGGAUGUGUUCACGCUUGGGGAAAAGGAGAAAGUGAAGUGAAAAUUAUGGAAGGAGAAUAUGAAACACAGGAAAAGAAAGAGGUUUAUGUUGAGACUAUGGAAAGCACAGCAACUGAGACAAGAAAUGAAAAUAAAGAGAAGGGACCGGAACUUCUGGAACAUGUGGAGAGUAUAGAGGAGAGAGGAAAUGAGGAAGUGCCUGCUGUGGAGCGAUCCAUUCAAGUAUUAGACGGUCACAUUGCACUGGGCCAUGUGCAGUGGCGGGAGCAUCCAGUUAAGGACAAAGACCAGGAUCCGACCACAAAGCAGGCGUUUGACUCAGCAGGCUCAGUCAGCAGCUUCAACAUCCAAGUCACAGAGGAAGUGAUGCAGCGCUCAGCAGAAGCUUUGAGUCGUAUAGGUGUUCUUCGGCACUGUGACACACAGGGGACUGUACGAAAGAUGGCUGCCAUGAAAAUUGAGCACCGUGUUCGUUUGAACACCCUCAAACUGUUACUGGAACGAGGAGCCGACCCAAACGUAUCCGUGGUGCCAAUGCCUGUCCUCUUUUUGGCUAUUAUGGCUGCCGACACUGAGGCAGUAAGACGACUGCUGCUGUGUGGAGCUCGCACCGACAUUCCCCUUCCAGCAGAGAAAAAAGGUUUAUAUCCGCUUCAUGUGGCUGCAGCACUUCCAGGAUCAGCAGGUCCCAGAAUCACAGAGCUGCUGCUGCAUGCUAUCACUGACCCAGACUCGCAGGCUUGUGACCAGGAUGAGAUGUACGAACAGGACAGGACUGCCAUGACGGCUACAGAAUUAUUGUGCACCAGUGAGGUCCCACAUCUGAAAGGCGGAGGUCGAACAGCCCUGCAUGUAGCAUGUCAGAGAGACAGUGAUUACCAGAAUGCCAGCGAAGUGGUUGCCCUCCUGGUGUCCCACAGAGCCAGAACAGACCUCCUGUGGAGUGGACACUCACCCCUGUCUUUGGCUAUAGCAAGCGGAAAUGACCUGGCAGUGGAGGUGCUUUUGAAUGGUGGUGCAGAUCCCAACAUACUGCUGGGUCCCACAGUGGGCAGCGCCCUUUGUGCUCUCGUCAACAUCAAUUACAGCUUCGUGGGCAACCGGAUAAAACUGUUAAAGAUGUUAGCCAAAGCCGGUGCUGACUUCUUGAUGCCAGUUAAAGUAGGUGAAGAUAUGGGAACUGUGAUUGACUAUGCACACCACUCCUUCAAGCAGGAUGUGAGAAUUGCCAACACUCCUUUUCACGCUCUAAACGUUCGUGAGAUGGAAACAUACAAAGCACGACGCCAGCUGCUGACCAUGAUGGGAGAGUUUGUCAAAAACGCUGCUGCCCAAAAGGAGAAAGAGAAUUUAGAGAGAGAGCGAAUCCUUAAGUUAAACAGUAAAUGCAACCUAUCUGCGAAUUUCCAACUUGAUGCAUGUGAUCCUUCUCUUAGGAAACCGCAGUUUAAAUUUUGCUAUUACUGCGGCCGCUCUGUGUCUGUGAAGCUGACUGCUUGUAGCUCCUGCCACAGAGUCCUCUACUGCUCAAAGGCCUGCAAACGCAAGGCAUGGGAUGAAGGACACAAGAAAGAGUGUAUGGAGGCGACAGCGUCAGUGGAAGGCCCUCCAAAGGCAACUGAGAUCAGAGCCUCCAGAGGCACCAGGCCUUUGACUGUCAUGCUGAAGUCCAAAACAGCAGCAGGGCCACCGGGUGUCACCUUGAAAUCCCAACGGGUCACCAAGCCAGUCAGCAUGGAGAAGAAGGUCCCAGAGACCCAAAUCAACCCGAAGGAAAACUACAGCUUCAACUGA